AUGCCUGGUAUCGUCUCGGCGACCGGCGUUCUCGCCUUUCUCACCGAUGAGGAGCCUGAACUCAAGGUUUUUGCGCUACAGACCCUCAACGACGACAUAGACACUGUCUGGACCGAAGUUGCUGCUGUGCUGACGCAAAUCGAAGCGCUCUACGAAGAUGAAUCCUUCCCCGAACGCCAGCUCGCUGCCCUUGUUCUCGCAAAGGUCUACUACCACCUCCAGGCCUACAACGAUAGCAUGGUGUUUGCACUCGCUGCUGGCGAUCUCUUCAAGCUCGACUCUCCCGGAGAGUUUGAGGAGACCAUCAUCUCCAAAUGCGUCGACCAAUACAUCGCUGUCACCGCUGCGAAGAAAGCGGCCCCUCCAGCCUCUAAGAACGACGAUCUCCCGGAGCUAGCUACUACCUUCGCCAGCGGUGCCGAGGGUGCUGUUAUGUCUCCCACUACUCCCUUUUCGCGAACGACUCUGCCUCCCAAAUCGUUGCUCUCUCGCGAUUCGAUUGACAACACUAUGCUUGAGGCUACCUUCCAGCCCUCGUUCAAGCAGUUCCGCUCUGGGUCCAUUGCUGAGCUCCCUGAACAGGCCACGGAUUCUUUGCAGAGGGUCGUCGACAGGCUUUUUGAGAGCUGCUUAGAGAAGGGCCGAUACCGACAGGUAGUCGGUAUUGCCGUUGAGGCAAAGAAUCUUGCUGUCCUUCGAAGCGUCAUCAAGCGCGCCAGCGAUGACGAAAAGAAGGCUAAAUCAAACCCCCUCGAAAGCUCCCCUGGCCCGGCUGAGGAUUUGAUUGAGUACACGCUAGGUAUCUGCAUGGAUAUUGUUCAGGAGAGAGGUUUCCGUACCGAGAUCUUGAGGCUCAUUCUUGAUCUCCUGAAUGAGAUUCCCAACCCUGACUACUUUGCGAUUGCCAAGUGUGUAGUCUACCUCAACUCUGACGAAGAGGCUUCUCGCAUGCUUCGCAACCUUGUUGAGAAGGCUGACCGAUCUUCCAUCGCCAUUGCCUAUCAAAUCGCUUUUGAUCUUUACGACAACGGCACACAAGGGUUCCUGGGUAACGUUCUGGCAUCGCUACCCGCUGGUGAGCCUGCCAAGAGCGCGGUCGAUGAAAAUGGCGAACAGCCCACCGAGAGCGAAUCCCUCCUUCAGAAUCAGCAAGACUCCCCUGAGAAUGAACUUUCCGAGCCUUUACGUAAGGCCUACAGCAAUAUCCGAGCUAUCCUUGACGGCAGCAAGACUAUUCGUCUGAACCUUGAGUUCCUCUACCGCAACAACCGAACCGACUUGAGCAUUUUGAAUAAGGUCCGCGACAGUCUUGAAGGUCGCAAUUCUAUUUUCCAUACUGCUGUCACAUUCUGCAACGCUUUCAUGAACCAGGGAACUACAAACGAUAAAUUCUUCCGGGAUAAUUUGGAGUGGCUCGGUAAGGCAGUGAACUGGUCCAAGUUCACCGCCACUGCCGCGCUUGGUGUUAUUCACCGUGGAAACCUGUCUCAAUCUAGAAAGCUUCUUGAGCCGUAUCUGCCUAGGCAGGGUGGCCUUAGCAGUGGUUCUAUUUUCAGCCAGGGUGGUGCCCUCUACGCUUACGGACUAAUCCAUGCCAACCAUGGAGCUGAGGCUUUGGACUACCUCAAGGAGCAAUUUGGUCAAGCCGAGGAGGAGGUUGUUCAACACGGUGGUGCUCUUGGUCUCGGUAUCGCCGGAAUGGCCACUGGUGAUAUGGACAUUUACGACAAGCUCCGGGAGGUUCUCUUCCAAGAUUCUGCCCUCAAUGGUGAGGCUGUCGGCUUAGCCAUGGGUCUUGUCAUGCUUGGUACAGGCCAUGCGAGGGCUCUGGAGGACAUGAUCACAUAUGCACACGAGACUACCCACGAGAAGAUCCUCCGUGGUCUGUCCAUUGGCAUGGCUCUCAUCAUGUUUGGCCGCCAAGAAGGAGCCGAUGUCCUGAUUGAGGGUCUCCUCAAUGAUCCCGAUCCUACUCUGCGAUACGGUGGUAUCAUGACUGUUGCUCUUGCCUACUGCGGUACUGGCAGCAACAAGGCCAUCCGAAAGCUCCUCCAUACUGCAGUCAGCGACGUCAACGAUGAUGUUCGUCGUAUUGCCGUGAUGAGUCUGGGUUUCAUUCUUUUCCGUAAGCCUGGCAGUGUACCUCGAAUGGUUGAGCUUCUAUCCGAGUCUUAUAACCCUCACGUUCGAUAUGGUUCCGCCAUGGCCCUUGGUAUCUCGUGUGCCGGCACUGGCCUUGACGAGGCCAUCGAUCUGCUUGAGCCUAUGAUGAAGGACCCUACAGACUUUGUACGACAGGGUGCUCUGAUCUCUCUUGCCAUGAUCCUUGUUCAACAGAAUGAGAUCAUGAACCCCAAGGUCGCAUCAAUCCGCAAGACCCUCAAGAAGGUGGUUGGCGACCGCCACGAAGAUGCCAUGACCAAGUUUGGUGCUGCCCUAGCGCUUGGUAUCAUUGAUGCUGGUGGCCGCAACUGCACCAUUGGCCUCCAGACCCAAACCGGCAACCUCAACAUGGCCGGUAUUGUCGGUAUGGCUGUAUUUACUCAAUACUGGUACUGGUUCCCCUUUACCCACUUCCUGUCCCUCAGCUUCUCUCCUACCUCCAUCAUCGGACUGGACCACGACCUCGAGAUUCCCGAUACCAAGUUCCACUGUGCUACCCGACCCAGCCUCUUUGACUACCCUCCCGAACAAGAAGUCAAGACUGAGGAGGGACCAGCGCUUAUCGCUACCGCAAUCUUGUCCACCACUGCGCAGGCAAAGCGACGAGCUCAGAAGAAGGAGCGAGCUCAAAGACGUGAGAGUAUGGAUAUCGACAGUGCCCCCGCCAAGCCUAGUGGUGACAAGAUGGACGUUGACGAGGACAAGAAGACUGAUGAAACCAAUGAAAAGAAGGAAGAACAAGAGAAGGAGGCCGCUACUUCUACAGAUACAAAGAAGAAGCCUGAGAAGGAGAAGAUUGGCUAUGACAUUGAAAACAUGACCCGAGUACUUCCCGGCCAACUCAAGUAUAUCAGCUUUAAUUCUGGCCGCUACAAGCCUGUGAAGAAGCCCACUGGUGGUCCCCUGUUGCUUAUUGACGGCGAGCCUGAGGAGGAGAAGGCUUUGUUGGAGGAAAAGCUGAAGAAGGUUACAACAGAACGCGCUCCUGUCGCAGGUCAGCAAAACACCAGAGGUGGACGAUCUGGCGGCCCAGGACGAUCUCUGCUUGACGGUAUUACCGAUGCCCAACGGGGAGGCCCCAGCAGUGCUAUGCUCGGACAGCUGUUGCGCAACUCAGGCCGGUCGCCGUUCGGUCUUCUUGAUGCCGACCCCCAGACCCCUGGUGGCAAUGCCUCGGGUGCUGCAGCCGCUGCCGGUGUUCUGACUGCUGUUGACGAGGACUCUGACGAUGAAGAGGCCAAGACACCCAACGAGUUCGAGUACUUCACCGAUGCUGAAGAUGACGAUGACGACGAUGAGUAG